CUCGUCACAGCUCAGAGACGCAAAGUCUAAUUUGAAGAUCUGAGCUGCUGGGACUCACAGUCGGACGAGCUGUGAGGGUUAAAAUGAAAAACUGGUGAUCUGUUAGCCUUCUGUCUUCAAGUGUCACUCAAAGAUUCAGAGAAUGUAGGAAAAUUUCUGCAUACCAGGAUAAAGCUACAAAACCGGACUGACUAUCACUUGUGACGCAGGCUCUUGGGCAACACUGUAUUAAAAACCGAUCUGGUUGUGUGAUGAAAAUCGCUGCAUGCUAAUCAGGCCUCAGGGCUCUGAAAUGCUGUCAUCACUCUGACUUCACUUUUCUCUUUUCAGAGUGAUCAGCUGAAGGCAUCUACCCGCCCACCCACACAUACAACUACAACUGUCGCACCCUUUGGUUAUCUGUGGGAAAUGUCUGCUGUAGCUUCUGCAUCUCUCUGCUGGACCUUGCUGUCUGUCUGCCUCCUGCUCGUCUCUGCAGAGCAGAAAACCAUCACAGCUGAGUCUGGACAGGACGUCACUCUGACAUGUCGAGGUCCAAACAACAACAUCACAGUUUUAGAGUGGAGCAGAGCUGACCUGGGAGAUGAAAAUGUGCUUUUGUACCACAAUGAUCGUUUUGAUCCAGACGACCAGCAUCCAUCUUUUAAGAACCGGGUGGAUCUGCAGGACAGACAGAUGAAGGAUGGAGACGUGUCUCUGAUUCUGAAGAAUGUGACGAUUAAUGAUGCUGGAACAUACGAGUGUCGUGUAAUCACAACAGGAACAAACCGCAGGAAGGGAGCUAAUCUGGGUGUCAGCAUCAUCCACCUUCAUGUUGUUCCUCCAGUUCACUGGAACAUCCAGAGGGCUGUGACUACAAAUCAGCUUCAACACAGUCAGACUGUCUUUGUGUUAGCUGGCUCAACUAAACCUGAAACUGCAGUCAGAGACAGCUCUCUACAACUGCUGUCAGCAAAAAGAACUUUUACAUCUUCAAACAAAUGAAGGCAACACUUGAACAUGAAAUAUUUUCACACCUGAAUGUUUCAAUCAAGAUCUGAUUUCAGUUUCUCUUUAUCUUUGUGAGCUGUGUGGUUUGUUUACCCUCAGUAUCCAUGAACAGUGUCACAGACCUGGGAUCAGUGUUUUUGUUUAUAAGAUCAAAUAUGACCUCAUUAUGUGAGUGUGAGCUUUGGACCACAAAACUUCAACAACACUAAUCCUCAAUCAGCUGUUUCAAUAAAAUUACAUCCAAGUAUAAACUGAUUCCAUCCUUCAUGCAUCACUUUGCUGCUGACAGAUGGUUAUAGGCAUUCCUGGUCGCUUGGGUAACCCUGUAAUGUAUUUACUACAUGUACAUUUGUCACUCAGCAGUACAAUUUAAUGUCAUUGGUAGUUGUUUCAGUAGUUCUCAAAGAUAAGAAAAGUUUACCUCGAUACUCCCUGACUUCACAUCAGUGAUCAGUUAUUUCUUCGUCUGAGUUGUGUUUAAAAAGUGUAGCUACUUGUUUUGUAUGUUUGACCAUGUAUGUAUGUUUGUGCUCUGACUGUAUUUUCCUGCUGCUCACACACAGCAUUAGAAAAGCUUGAAAACUCACUGUUUACAGAGUCUGUGAGCUCCAAAUGUUUGCAUGAAGGACAGAGAACAAAGAUCAGUGUGAAGGGUGUCUCUGUAUUUUGAACAAUAAACUAUUGGAUAAUUCUGAUCCUCUUAUUUCAUGAAUGAGUCUCAGUCACUUUGGUUUAAAUUAUUCAUUUUUUAAUUUGUUUCAUUGGCAGAGAAGCUAAAUCAUGUGAAUAUCAUCAUCAUGUCACAUGUGAACACAGAUUCAAAAGAUUUAAUAUCCGUGUCUUUGACAAUCGAGCCCACAGACGCCAAAACAAUGCCAGCAAAUGGAAACUGAAAAAACAAAUCUGUAAGCGAAAAAAAAGAUGUAAUUGUGAAAACUUAGUUAUGAGUUUUUUUGUUUUAAUGUCAAUAUUUACAGUUUCAAUUAAUCUUUUUUUUUAACAUCAAGACAAAUGUUCAAUACAUUUCAAUUACAAUAUUUUGUCAUGGUCCGGAGUCUGUGACUCCGUGUUUAUGUUAAGUUUAUUAUUAUUCUGUGGUUUUGGUUAUCUUGGGUUUUUGUACUCUCCUGUUUCACGUUUCUUGUUCCUAUGUCUGUGUCCCCCAGUCUGUGUUUAGUUGGUGUGUGUUGUGUUCAGUCGGUGUGUUUCCUGUUUU